CUCAAAUUCAUCUCUACCAGUACAGGCAAGUUGUGAGUCAAGAACUAUUCUAUGUAAUCAACCCUGGUGACAGCGUUGGUCCAAAAGGGAAUACACUUGAAAUUCGCUACGAUGCGUGGGUGUUCAUAGCUCACCAACCUGGGUCUGCUCUAGGUGUCUAGGCGGAGAGAUUAAUGUCACAUCAGUCUUUGAGGGUUACAACUGAACAGCGCCCUUCCGUCGACUUAACCAUUUCCACUUACUUCUGUAUAUUUCUCCCAGCACAUUGGUUGUCAACGUAUGUUACCCUGUUACAUGUGUCAUAAUAGUUCAUCGGCGUAUUAUAAACUGUUAUCAACGUGACACUGAGCAGCAAGCACCUUUUUCUUAAUUCCGAAUAUAUCAAUUGCAGAAUUGUUCUUUUCUGGACCACCACCUACAGAAAUAAAGCCUGUCGACUUUUUACACGACGCUCAACAUUUUAUAUUAUCCCAAAGAACAUGUCGUCUUCAAUAGGGCGGACGCUUCUAUCAUUUCAAACAAACGCAAAAUUGUACAAACUCAACACUACAGUCACAUCAAUCAUACCUUUUUCGGCUCUAGCGGAAGCAAAUCGCCUCAUUUUCAAGACGGCCGCUGAAGAUGACACCGUCGUCACCACCGAAGCAACAAUUUUCCAUCCUCAAGGGGGAGGCCAACCCUCGGACGUAGGCGAGAUCGCCUCCUCCAGCAACGGGGCCAAGUUCAUUGUCUCGACGGCGCGCAUGGACGCCAUCAACGAAGGACAAGUUUUACAUCUAGGCCGCUUUGCCGAUACGGACAAGGUGUUCAAGAUCGGGGAGACGGUCGAACAGAGCAUCGAUGUGGAGAAACGGACACUCUAUUCCAAGUACCACACUGCAGGCCACGUGCUGGGUGCUGCAGUGCGACAUCUUCUCGAACACGACAUCGAGGGAUUCGACGAGUUGAAAGCAUCACAUUUUCCCGACUCGGCCUCGUGUGAAUUUAAAGGUCUGAUCGACGGCAAAUGGAAACCCCCCAUCCAGGAAAAGCUCGAUGCGUAUGUGGCCGCGGCCAUGCCAGUGGAGAUUGACUUUUGGGACGAGGACGACUUCAAGAAGAACGGACUGGAGCGACUGAUCCCGAAUGGAGAUGGGAUCAAGUUAGCAGAAGGUGAGAAAUAUCGUGUUGUCAAAAUCAUCGGUGCCGAGGUCUAUCCUUGUGGCGGCACACAUGUCGACACUACCGAUUUAUGCGGCAAGGUCGGCGUCAAGAAGAUCAGUCGCAGUAAGGGCACCAGUCGGGUUAGUUAUACUGUGGAUGCAUGAGACCGUAAUCUAAAGGAGGCCAUGGCCCAAGCUGAUGCCUUGAACUCAUAUCACGGCACAUUCGACAUGUACUAUGACACUUCAAGGACCACGACACGUAGAUCAUACAUUCAACCAUAGAGUUCUCUGCUGGCCUUCGAUACACCUUUUUGUUCCUGCGAGCGAGACUCGUCAGCUGAUCAUGAUUCAGGAUGGAGAAUACAGACUGCGGAUUCCAUUAGAUUCGUG